AAGAAAUUCCGGGAGAAGGAGAUUUUUCAAAGUGCGUAGAUGCGUCUCCCUUGGAAGAAGCGCGCGUGGGCUAAGCGAACCUCUUAUCUAUUCCACUGGGAGUAAACAUGUAGAGGAAAAAGAUCUUUUGAAGUCGGACAGGUCAGGUAGAAGGGAUCCCUUCUCUCUACCCUCCAAAGCCGCCAGUGGAGAGAGAGAGAGAGAGAGAGAGAGAGAGAGAGAGAGAGAGAGAGGCAUGGCUCUUGUGGUAGGCAACGUGGCGUUGUUGAUAGAUCCGAGCUCUCCCAGGAUCUCAUUGCCCGAUCGUAAGAAUCGUCUUUCAACCCUCGACCUCGUCUCCAACUUCCCCAAGAAACUCAAAGACUCUAUCCUCCUCAUCAACACCUCUCCCACCCCUACCACUUGCCCUUCUCUCGAUUUUGACACCACCGACAGCGGCAGGACCCCCCGCAUCACUGGCUUCGGCAGACGCAGGCCCAAUUCCAAGGCCAACGCCUUCGAUUUCGGUUCCUCCAAUGGUCUCGGCGGCGACACCAACACCACCAACAACAACAGCAACAACAGCAAUGGUGACGAGGACGAUGGUGGCAACGGCACCAGCAAUAAUGAUUGGGAGCAGGAAAUGCGGAAGAGGUUGAAAGAGAUUGAAGAGAUGAAAGAAUUGGAGAAGAAGGCGGAGGAAUUGCAGAGUGAAAUGGCUGACCAAGACCAAGGAGAUGAUGAAGAAACAGAAGAGGAGAAGAAGAACAGGGUCCGAAGGGAGCUUGAGAAGCUGGCCAAGGAGCAGGCGGAACGGAGGGAGAUGGCUAAGUUGAUGUUCGAUUUGGGUCAGAAGGCAUAUGGGAAAGGCAUGUAUGGGCGGGCGAUUGAGUUCUUGGAAGCUGCCCUCACUAUCAUUCCGAGGCCUACUCUCUUUGGUGGAGAGAUACAAAUAUGGCUUGCUAUGGCUUAUGAGGCAAACAAUCGUCAUAGCGAUUGCAUUGCCCUAUACCAACAGUUGGAGAAGAAGCACCCUAGUGUCAGUAUCCGACGCCAAGCUGCCAAUCUCCGGUACAUUUUGCAGGCACCCAAGCUCAAAAUAUCGGAGGAUGAGAUGGUUACAAUACCUCUGAUCGGUUCUAGUUAUGACAGGUAUGCAGGAUCAUGGAGUGAUAAAUACAAGGAUCAGGAUCAACCGAGAAGUGGGGUGGUAACGACAAACCAGCUUCCUUCAAGUAGGGACUACUUGGGUGAUUUCUUGGUAUGGCGUCCCCCGAGUGGGUGGGAAAAAAACCAGGUGUUUUGGCUUGCUCUGAUCUUUUGGUUGGGCUUGGUCAGUGUUGCCGUCUUCCUUCAAAGAUAGAUCAAACAUUUGAAUGUGAUUGCUCCUGCGUCUCACAUGUUUAUAUUAUAUGUAUGCAUGCUUGUUUCAUGAUUUAGGUUGUCCAUAUUAUAUGUUUUCUUGGUAAAGCAAAGCAUGAUAUAUCACACACCUUGAUGUCCUUUGUAAAUUAUAAAAUUGCCCAAGGGAUGAUGUUUCAUUUCUUUCA